CACAAAUGAGUCAAAUAUAGAUCAGGACGAUGAAAGCGAUGUUCUAUUAGAAAGUGAGAAAAUUAAAGAAAUAAUUGCUAAAUUAGUAGAUAAAAGUUCAUACAUAUCAGAAACUGCCCAAGCUGUAAUAACAUAUUUACAAAUGAUUAAUGAACCUGUUGUAACAGAAGAAAUACUUGAUGAUGAGAGAAUUAUUGCUAUGGUUCAAGAUAAAGAAAAUAAAUUAAUCAGACAGGAAGUUGAAGAAAAUGAUGAAGAUGAGAUACCUGACCUAUCUGUAAUAGCCACUAAAGCAUGUAAUGCAAUGCAGACCAUUAUUCACUAUGAAGAACAGGAAAAUUCAGAAUCAAAUCUCUCCCUUGAUGAAUUAAGAUUUUAA